AACUAAAGUAAACCGAACCUGACUGUGAAAUUCUAUUAGAGUCCGACGCUUUAAUGGAAUGUGAAAAGCAGGCGCGCACUUCAGCGUUUAUGUGGCGCUGGGCUUUCUCACGUCAUCGGGCCCCACUCCUUCUCUCAGCUUGUAAAACACACCAAAGACUUAAAGCCGCAUCCAUAUAUUUCUGACCACUAGAGGGAAGCCAUUGGUCGUUACGCUCGUUAUGUAACGCGAUAACAUCUAUUAUGUAAACAUCAUUUUUGUAGAACGGAUCUUGUAAACAAAAUCUAGGAGCUUUGCUCCUUAAUCCUAUAUUAUGCUCCCACUGCAAUGCCGUAUUAUUGGAUUUGUCUGCAAACUUUCAAAAGACAAAUUAAAACCAGACCGGUCUCUGGGUUGUUCCGAUCUAUUCUCCUCAUAAGAGGAUUUGUAGAAAUAACAAUAUUUUGAUUGGUCCCAAAUUUCUCCGCUGGGAUUAUGGAUGUACAUCUGACCUUCUCCUCCCCAGUCAUUUGUCCCACCGAAAUAAAGAGAGAAGCAGUGAAGUAGCCGGCUGACCUAGCACACAAAGUGCCCAUACUCACCCUUAGCCUCUCUCUCUGUGUUUCCACAGAUGUUGCCCCACUCAGAAUGGGACCACAAGAGAGGCUCCAGAGGCUCCCAGUCUUCAGGCACCACGGUGACGGUGGACAUCGCCGUGAUGGGCGAGGCCCACGGUCUCAUCACGGACCUGCUGGCCGACCCCUCGCUGCCCCCCAACACAUGCACCUCGCUGAGGGCUGUCAGCAACCUGCUGACCACCCAGCUCACCUUCCAGCCCCUGCACCGCCAGCGGGCCGCCCCCCCGCUCAUCCUGGGGGAGGUCACCUGCUCCGACUCGGAGGACGGGCCCGAGAAAGGGGAGAAGACCUCCAUUCACAAGGUGAGGGGGGGGGGGGGGGGUCUUGUGUUCGGUGUCGUCGGCAGCGUGCGGCUCAGGAGGGAGAGCGGGGUUGACUGGGGACCGGAAGGAUGGGAGAGGCAGGAUGAGGGCAAUGUGAAGGUUGCUUAUCGGCUUUUCGAAGACACCGGCUUAUUCGCAACUUUUAAGAUUCCGGUGCAAGAAUUCAUGAACUACUUCCAUGCCCUUGAAAACGGCUACAGAGACAUACCAUAUCAUAACAGAAUCCAUGCCACAGACGUGCUCCAUGCAGUCUGGUACCUCACCACGCAGGCAGUACCCGGGCUACCCAGCCUCAUCAACCACGACCACGGCUCCACCAGUGACUCAGACUCUGACAGCGGGAUAACUCACAGCCACAUGGGCUACCUGGUGUCCAAGACGUACACGGUGUCGGAGGACGGCUACGGCUGUCUGUCGGGCCUCAUCCCCGCCCUGGAGCUCAUGGCGCUCUACGUGGCCGCCGCCAUGCAUGACUACGACCACCCGGGGAGGACCAACGCCUUCCUGGUGGCCACCAGCGCCCCGCAGGCGGUGCUGUACAACGACCGCUCGGUGCUGGAGAACCACCACGCAGCCUCCGCCUGGAACCUCUUCAUGUCCCGCAGCGAGUACAACUUCCUGGCCAACCUCGACCACGUGGAGUUCAAGCGCUUCCGCUUCCUGGUCAUCGAGGCCAUCCUGGCCACCGACCUCAAGAAGCACUUUGACUUCCUGGCUGAGUUCAAUGCCAAGGUGGGGGACCAACAGUCGGCCGGUAUUGACUGGUCCAACGAGAACGACCGGUUACUGGUGUGUCAGAUGUGCAUCAAACUCGCUGACAUCAACGGGCCCCUGAAAUGCAAGGACCUGCACCUCCAGUGGACCGAGGGCAUCGUCAACGAGUUCUACGAACAGGGGGACGAGGAGUCCAGCCUGGGCCUUCCCACCAGCCCCUUCAUGGACCGCUCGGCCCCCCAGCUGGCCAAGCUCCAGGAGUCCUUCAUCACCCACAUCGUCGGCCCGCUCUGCAACUCCUACAACUCGGCCUGCCUCAUCCCCGGCCACUGGGUGGAGGCGGAUCUAGGGUGCGAGGGGGCGGAGCCGGCGGAGAACGAGGAAGAGGUGGAUGAGGAGGAGGAGGAGGAGGAGGAGGAGGAGGAGGAGGAUGAUACAGCUGAGGAGGAUGCAUCCAGCGGCUCCGAGGCCUCCCAGAAAAGUGCUCAGAAGAAGCGGAGGAAAGUGUUCUGCCAGAUCACCCAGCACCUGAUGGAAAACCACGAGAUGUGGAAGAAGGUGACCGCCGAGGAGACCCAGAAACAGGCCCAGGCUCAAGGGGCUGAAUCCGGGCGUCACGGUAAUGCGACCGAGCCAAUCCUAGCCAUCCAUGAAGAGGAGGAGGAGCCAGGGAGCAAAGAGGAGCUUGUGGAGGGGGAGGAGCCAGAGGAGGGGCCAGAGGAGGCUCCAGAAGAGGCGCCAGAGGUUGCCGUCGGCGCGGAGGAUGAAGAUACACAACAAUAGCCACAGUCGACACAGACAGACUCUUAAAGAAUAUUAAAAGAAAAACACUUAAGGAGAAGCAACAGGAAAGAGACAACAGGAAGUAUGGCAUCAAAAAGGACGAGAGAGAAAGUGACAUGUUGUUUCUCAUUUUUUUUAUGUUAUUUUGUUUUGUUUUUGAAGAGACUCCUAUUUUAUUUGCCAGCACAUCACUUUGGACACAACACUGUAGAAUUUUGGGAAAUGUGUGCCUAUGAGGGAAAUUAAACUCAAAAACAGGGUGGGGCGAAGCUGUGUUUUACACAUUUUAUCAGGAUAUACUCCGUAUAAACUAACUUUGAAGGAGCUUUCCAUUUUCAGAAUGGAAUCACAGAUGUAAUUUGGGAUACUGACUCUUUUGCUAAUAUCAGGAGACGAUGCUGACUGAUGGCUCAGACCUGCAAACAUAGGACUGCAGAAAUUUGCUGCCAAUUUAUACAUUAAGGAAUAUUUUAUGAAAGCAGUUGUCUGCAAACGUCACUCUCGGCUGUAUUUCCAUUACAGAGUGGCUUUGGUCAUGUCGAAAAAACAGGCCACAAUGAGGUCAACUUUCUAUACAUGGAUUACAAAGGGAAUCGAAACCAACAUUGACACAUUUGAGGAUUUUAUCUUAUCACCCUUUCACCUCUGACCAAAUAAUUAACCCCCUUCAUCCAUGGCACCGGACGUUGAACUGACCCAUUCCCUGAUGAAUACGAUUUGUACAAACCUCCAGGACGUAGCAUUUAAAAAUAUGUAUAAUCUGAUAUAACAGUAUCAAGUCAUUUCACUUUACGUUGUACAAAUCUUUGGUCAACAUGUGUGUGUGUGUGUGUGUGUGUGUGUGUGUGUGUGUGUGUGUGUGUGUGUGUGUGUCUGUGUGUGUGUCUGUGUGUCUGUGUCUGUGUGUGUGCGCGUCUGUUUGAGGGGGAGGGGGGGGCUGUCUUAGUGUGCACAUAAACAUUUAAUCGCAUUUGUCCUCAAAAAUAUCCUUAGAAAACCUCACGUGAUCGACGGCAGUCUCCGCCCACUAUCAAUAGAAUGCACUAAAGUGAUCCCUUCCGAUCGCCUCAUACCGGACCUUGCUUCCAAUGCUGUUGCAUAGAGCGUGUGAUUGGCCAAAUCAGUGGGCAAAAUAUGCACUUCCUUUUCAGCGGUCAGCAGCAGCAGUCAAAUACGACAUAAAUACAAUGUUUAUGCGGUGUGUGGAAAGGGAAACGUAUGGCAGGACAUCAAGUGUAAAGAUGCAUCCAAGGAAAUCUUGAUCAUAGAACAUGAGCCUUACUUACAUGAAAGAACCCAUUAAACCCCCGAUCAGUAAGAGAGGAACCAGACAUGCCCCUGCUCAUCAUUUAUACGACGGUCAGCCAACUGCAAAUUGGCGACGAAAAACAGGAUUUCUCUCAGAAAAUCCCCAAUGUUCAAUAUGUGUCAGGAUUACAAUAAUCACAGAUUGAAGAACAGUCCACAGAGACCCCGUUGCAAUGGGUCGUGUGCAUGUGUGAGUAUGUGCACGUGUGUUAUCUUAAUACAGCGUUUGUAUUUACAUCCUUCCAGGUGCUUCCCUAUAUAAAAAAAGAACGCUUUUUUGGAGCUAUCCAGUGUUUCCUCUUUUCUAUUCAGGAGCGGGUGGGCGGUCUGGAAGGUUGGAUGAGGGAGACUUUCGAAGGCUGUAAUUGUUAUUCACAGACGACCCCAUGGCAUGUUUAUUUUCCUACCCAUUCCUUGGAUCUGCGCACUGUGUAGGCAGUGGCGCGUUAGUAUUAGCGAUCAUCACAAUGUAUUGUGAUAAGUGGAAGUGGUAGCCAUUCGGAUUUCAGUCACACCUGUUCCACAUCUAUGCUUGCUUUUUUUAUGUCUUUGUUUUUAUAUAGGUAUUCAUGUAUGUUUUGAUUAAAUUUAUUUGACUGCUGUUCAUAUUGACAUGUAUUAUAAUUCUAUCGAUGGGAACCAAACAAGCUUUACAAUUCUGUAAACCUAAAAAAAUCGACAUGUAUUUUUAUAUAGUUGACACAUGGUUAAGUAAUUGUUUCUUUUUGUUUUCCUCACUAGUAUCUUGCACUUACCACAUGUAGCAAUACUUACACAAGGAAGAAAUACUUAUGUCCAAAUAUACAGUAUUUGUUAAAAUAAAUGAUUGAUUUCCUUGCAGGUUGAUGCUCCAUUUUGUACAAUAUGUAUGCUGUACAGACAGAAAUAUUAAAACAAAAAAAAUCUUUAGAUAUACAUUAUUUAUUUUUACCAUUUUGUAAUUUAGACACUAUACUGUAGCUUCUAUAUUGCCAGACUUACUGAAAGUGCCUAUUGGUAUUAUGUAUCAUACAGUGAAUAUGUUUGAAGACCAUUAGAAAUUGUCACAAGCUGAACAAUGUGGAUGUUGUAAUGUGAAUACAUUGAAUUACAAGACUUUAAUUUCUGUGGUAUAAA